CUUCAUUAAAAAUGGAAAAAGAAAAAUCUCUACCGCCAAAACGCCGGGCACUCAUCUCAGCCGUCUUAUAUACGCUUCUUCUCCUCUCGUUCCCUCUGCAACCACAGUACUGAAGAGUGAAGAGGAUUGUUGCAAUGUCUAAGAAAAGAGGUCUUUCGUUGGAGGAAAAGCGUGAGAAGAUGCUGCAAAUCUUUUAUGAAUCGCAAGACUUCUUCCUUCUCAAGGAACUUGAAAGGCUCGGACCCAAGAAAGGUGUUAUCAGCCAGUCUGUAAAAGAUGUUGUCCAAAGUCUAGUAGAUGAUGAUCUUGUUUCAAAAGACAAGAUUGGAACUUCUGUAUACUUCUGGAGUCUUCCAAGUUGUGCUGGAAAUCAGUUGAGAAAUGUGUAUCGGAAACUUGAAGCUGAUCUUCAAAGUAGUAAAAAAAGGCUUGAAGAGCGUGUUGAGCAAUGUAAUGCCUUAAAGAGGGGAAGAGAGGCGUCUGAUGAAAGAGAAAAGGCCUUAGAGGAGCUAAAAGCUAUUGAACAGAAGUAUAACAAGUUAAAGGAUGAAAUGGGACAGUAUGCGGACAAUGAUCCAGCUGCUUUUGAAGCAAUGAAGAAAGCUACAGAAGUUGCCCAUGCAGCAGCUAAUAGAUGGACAGACAACAUUUUUACCUUGCUACGUUGGUGUUCAAACAAAUUUCCCGAGGCCAAGGAGCAGCUUGGGCACUUGUAUGAAGAGGUCGGGAUAACAGAUGAUUUUGACUAUCUGGAACUACCCACAGCUGUCCCUCUCGGAACAGCUGGUGAUGAAAGGCCAGAAGGCAAUCCUUAGGAGUAGCGGUGGAUCAAGGAAUAGCGUACGUGCUCAUGCUUGUAGCUCUGGUUCUUACAUAUAUCAUUCACUGAAUGAAAUUGCGCCUGUACAUACUGACCCCAAAAACAAAAAACAAAAACAAAAAGAAGGGAGAAGGGAGAUUUACUUGAUUGAAGAUUGAUUCCCAACCAUAUGUUCCAUCUGUUAAUUCAUUUUUUUGUGAUAUUCACUCAAAAUUCAAAUUCAAUUUUUCAUGGUCAA